AUGCACUUGGGCAAGGUCGUCCAAGGACUAAAAGAAGCCCUUCGAAGUUUUAUUGAAAGAUUUAGUCUAGAAGCCCUGCAGAUUCAAGAUCUAAAUGCCGGUGUGGCCUUUGACGCCUUCAUGAGGGGGUUGAGUUCAGGAAGGUUUAAGUUUGAUCUUGUAAAGAAGAAAAUUAUUGCUCUUGCAAAAGCAUUAAAAGAGGCCGAAACAUUUAUACAGGCCACCGAAGUAUGUGCCGAGGCAAAGCACCCUGAGUCCAAGAAGCUUGAAGAGGUAGCUCAACCAAAGAAGAGUAACCUUAAAAAGGUUUAG